AGACUAGCCAAGGAGAAGCGAUUGGCUCCAUGUCGCCUUUCCUUUCCUCAGGCACUCGGGGGAGGAGGUGUUUGCAUUUCUCCGCAGGACCAGCUCGCUUUGCAGAGCAUUGUCUGGGUAUGAGAACCGCGCACACGCACAGAAACACAGCGGCGAGCGCACCAUCGCCCUGACUCGCAGGCAGCGCCGCCGAUCCAGCCCGCGCCCCCUGCUCCUCCCGCCGCUUCUCCUCCCCACCCCGAAGCCACAACAAUUUCCAAAAAAAAAAAAAAAAAAAAAAGAAAAAAAAGAAAAAAAGCAGAGAGAGGGAGAGAGAGAGAAAAAAAAAGUUUGCAAAUCUCCUGCCUCCCUUCUUUGCUGCUUUUUUUUUUUUUUUUUUUUUUUGGAUUUAGCGAUGGCACAUUCCUUCAUGGCCAGGACAUGGCCCAUCAUCCCCUGUGCACGGGCAGCCUGGACAUGAGCGGCGGGAGAGGGAGGAGGAAUUUUGCCUUGCCUCGGAGGCGCCGACCCCUCCUCCGCCCGGUGUGAGCGAGGAGGAGGAGGGGGAGGAGGGGGGGGAGGAAGGAGCCGGGCUCCUCUCUCUCCCGGUCAGUUUCACCUCGGGGCCAGCUGGUCAAUUUCUCCGGAGAAAGGGUGGUUUUUUGGGGGGGGAGCUGGUCAAUUUCAGCGCUCCGAGCCGACCACCCCGCCCCGCCUCGCCCCGCGGGGUAACGCAGCAUCUCUCCGGCGCCGCGACGGACUCCCCCCCCCCGCAGCCGCGAGAUCUGAGCCUUGACGUGAAGACAUUGACAAUAGCAUCUGCAGAGAGCGUGUGCUUCGGCCCUAAUAAGCAUUAAAAAAGCAGAAUUUGACUAAAGAUAAAAAUCAAGAGAGAUGGCCAUCAAUUGGAAGACCUGCUUCUUCAGUCUCGUGUUGCUUCCUCUGGUCACAGCAACGCACUCCAACUGCAUCAUUAAAAAGGAGCAAGAGACUUGUCUGGAGAAGAUUCGAAGGGCAGCUGCCCUGAACCCACUCAAUGACUCUUCUCCUGGUUGUCCAGGAAUGUGGGAUAACAUCACAUGCUGGAAACCUGCAAGUGUGGGUGAAAUCGUUUUUGUCAAGUGCCCUGCACUGUUCAGAUUUAUCAUCUCCGAAGACGGUUGGGAAGUAGAUAACGUGGGACAAAGUCAUGCAGGUGAUUAUGACCUGCUGGAAAGCGCAGCCCAGUCUCCCAUAGGGGACAUCAGCAGAAAUUGCACUGAAGAUGGCUGGUCUGAACCUUUUCCUCAUUAUUAUGAUGCCUGUGGCUUUGAUGAAAAUGAAACAGAGUCUGAUAACCAGGAUUAUUACUAUCUAUCCGUGAAGGCUCUGUACACAGUGGGAUACAGCACUUCUCUCGUUUCCCUCACCACCGCGAUGGUUAUCCUGUGCCGUUUCAGGAAGCUUCACUGCACUCGGAACUUUAUCCACAUGAACCUCUUUGUUUCAUUUAUCCUACGAGCAAUAUCCGUGUUCAUUAAAGAUGGGGUUCUUUAUGCGGAACAGGAUGGUAACCAUUGUUUUAUCUCAACUGUGGAAUGUAAAGCUGUGAUGGUCUUUUUUCACUACUGUGUCAUGUCCAACUACUUCUGGCUUUUCAUUGAAGGAUUGUACCUUUUCACUUUACUGGUGGAAACCUUUUUCCCAGAGAGGAGAUAUUUCUACUGGUACACUAUUAUUGGCUGGGGCACCCCAACAAUUUGUGUCACUGUCUGGGCAGUGCUGAGACUUCACUUUGAUGAUACUGGCUGCUGGGACAUGAAUGACAACACUGCCUUAUGGUGGGUGAUCAAAGGUCCUGUGGUUGGAUCAAUCAUGAUAAACUUUGUGCUUUUUAUUGGCAUAAUUGUGAUACUUGUGCAGAAACUCCAGUCACCUGAUAUUGGGGGCAAUGAAUCCAGCAUUUACUUCAGCUGCGUUCAGAAAUGCUACUGUAAGCCUAAGAGGGCUAACCAGCAUUCUUGCAAGAUGUCAGAACUAUCAACCAUUACCCUGAGACUGGCUCGCUCUACGCUACUGCUUAUCCCUUUGUUUGGAAUUCACUACACGGUGUUUGCUUUUUCUCCUGAAAAUGUCAGUAAGCGGGAGAGACUAGUGUUUGAAUUGGGACUGGGAUCUUUCCAGGGUUUUGUUGUUGCUGUUCUCUAUUGUUUCUUGAAUGGGGAGUUUCUCCCUAAAGGUGCAAUCAGAAAUAAAGAGAAAAUGGAGGAGCUGGAAAGUCAACCGGUAUUUUGCUGUGGAUUUCAAACAUCGUCAUCCUUCUCUAGCGAGCAGCGGAGUGAACGGGGGGACACAACUCUCCAUUCUGAGCAAGAGCAGCUCUCAGAUUCGGAUGUCCAGCAUAAAUGCGGAGAAUCUAGCGACAUGAGCAGCUAAGGAAAACAAAUCAAUCAACAAACAAACCAAAAAACCAUCCCUUUAAAAAGAAAAUAAAAUCAUAGUUUUCAUGGUGGUGAGGGUCUGUUUUUCCCACCCUUCCCUUCCCUUCCCUUCCCUUCCCUUCCCUUCCCUUCCCUUCCCUUCCCUUCCAUCUCCUCUCCACUCCUCUCCUCUCCUUUCCUCUGCUCUCCUCCCCUUUCUCCAAAAUAUCCUUGAUGUUUGCAGAGGCGAAAAAACAAAGGAAAUGUAUAUAUAUAUAUGUCUUUUUAACAGUCACUGUAAAUACACAACUGUAAUCAAGGCCAUUGAUGGAAAAAUAUUUACAAGAUAAACAACAGGCCAAGCCCACCCACUCAAUGAUUUACAUUUCAGAGCAUCUGCAAGUAAUCCGUUGUCAGUCAAAAGUAACAAGUGAUUGCUGUGCAGUUGUGAUUCUUGGUUGCCAUACUGACACUAAUCUGUGAAUGGACAUGAUCAUUGUUAUUUUUCAAGUUGGUUUUCAUUUUGUUUUUGGAUUUGGCUCGGUUUUUUUCUAUUCAAACAUAUCUUAGCCUGUCCCAGUCUUUUGGCAUGUGAAUCUCUGUAGUGUUUCUCUUUUGAGUCUUAAAAUAGAGUCAACAAGCUUGGGUUAAUCACACCAGCCAGUUCAGGAAGGACUCCAGAAAAUCAGUAUCAUGGCUGGAUUUAGUCAGAUGUACUCAGUGGACUUGAAGAAACUGCUGUGCCAAUAUGAAGCUGCAUAGCUGUCAUCCAUCAGCGGGGGGGACUCCAGGCAAGAGAGAUGAGAUCAGCUAACUUUUUCCAUACCCAGGGACAUUUCAAAGGAUGCUUUAUGUUCUAGCUAAGCUGUGAAUUUUUUAAAAGGGCCGUGAAGUUGAUAUAUAUCUAUAUUUUUGGCAUUGACUGAUUGCUAAGUCAAUUGAUAGAUUGACUGAUUAGAAUAUUUAAGUAAUAAAAAUAAUUGUUCCCUCACUCCCACCUUAAGAGCAAAAGUCAGUUCCAGGAUGGUCUUUCCCUCCAGAUAACCUUGAACCUCUGCAUCUGUGCCCAAUACAUGGUAUGUUUUUAGGUAGUGGUGUCACACAGUGUGUGGUGCCUUUGCGACCUGGUUGACAUCUGUGUGUUAUGACUCUUCUUUGCCAGAGCAAGAGGCACAAGAGCGACCUGGCAUGAUCGUCUUGAAAGGUAACAGUCAUCAGCAUUUGGUGAGCAGCUAAACUGAAUAAUAAGACGUUAUAGAAGGAAAAGAUAAAGACUUUGGAUGACUUCCCACACCUGGCAGCUUUCCUUCUCUUUGGAUAUUCUGUUUGCUUAACCACAGAUGUUCUUACUGCUUUUGUUUGAGAGAAACUAAAACAUUCUUUCCAAUUUUGCCUUGUAGUUAAAGCCACGACUGGUGCAUAUCUACUUCAGUCAAAUGUUGAUGAUGUCAAUUCUUAAAAGUCUUUAUAUGGUGCAUAAAGACUUUGAGGACAGUACUAGCUCUCACUUCAUUGUGGAUUUAUGAACUGAUAUAUAUAUAUAUCUAAAUAUAUAUAUAUGUGCGUGUACGUGUGUGCGUAUAUUAAAAAACAAAAAUGAAAAUGACAUUUCAAAUGUGAAGUUAUGAACUCAAACUAAUAGUAACCAGGAAAUUCAAAAUUCAGGUUUGUUCUUUGGUGUUAGUUGACCUGACCUUGAAAAAAAGUGAGACUCAGAAUUUCAGUGUCGGCUGAGCUUUUAAUUUCACUGGUUUUUGUUAGUUUAGGUUAAAAACUUUUAAUGUCAUUUUAAGCAUAGAUUUUUUAAAAUAAUGUUAGUUUCCUUAUUUUUAAAAAGGAAAAAAAGGGUCACAGAAAGUUGUGAAAGAAGUAUUAAUUAUAAUACUUAACACUUAUAUAGUGCUUUAUGGGACAUAAUCUGCUCUCAGCUGCAGCAGUGUAAAUGAAUGUAAAUGAAAGUUAUUUCAAGAACAUUAAAGGAGUCGCUCCUGAACUCAUUUGAAAUAGACAGAAAUGUUGAGAUUGACUUCAUAUUGGUACAGGAUCAUGCUCUUACGAAACACUUACACCCCAGUCCGGUGAAAUCUCCCCUUGUACAGAGGACCAGCAAAAAAGGCUUAAGUCACUUAAACAUACUCUGGUAUCUUAAGUGAGACUUACAUGGCCCAGGCACCUUUUUUUCAAGUCUUCAGCAUUGGUUUGCUGCUUUGCGAGCAGAAUUUGUCCCCCUGUGUUCCAGACUCUGUGCAAAAAUCACUGAAGUAUUUUUAGCUGAUAGAUUGGAUCUUCCUCUCUCAUUCGAUGCUGCUAAUAGCUACUUUAGAAAGUUUCCCAAGGAAGCACUUUGCAGACCAGAAGGACAUGGUAGAGAGAGAUGGGGAAGAUCAGAUUUAUCAGGUAAAUGUAUACGUAUACAUUUUUUUAAACAAAACUAAUAUUAGAUGAACAGAUAACAUUUAGUUUUGUAUUUUCUGUAGUAUGGGCUUUCACAAGGUAUUAUAUUGACAAUACUGUAAGUGUAUUAUUAAAAAAAUCAAAAAGUAUAUUUUGCAUGAAUGGCUGAUAGCCAAUUUUCAAGCAUUAAUAAAUUAGAACUUUUGAGAAAAAAGAUGUUAAAUAAUUGCAUCUGGUUGGAGACUUUUUGUGCCAUUUUCGGCCCAGAGCAAGAAGGUGUUUGGAUCUUUUUCUUUUUCUUUUUCUUUUUUUUUUUUUUUUUUUUUUUUUUUUGAGGCUUUUCUGAGCUUACUUUUGGCUUCAGUUGUUCUCCUGGCUGUCCUACAGUACUCUGCAAUUUGAGUUGGUGGAUCUCAGUCCAGUGCCUCGUGGGCAAGUGUCCACAUCAACAAAACCACCCGCCAGUCACCUACUGCAGACCAGGUCCUCAGCUAAAUUAAAAUCAGUGUGGAAUAACCUUUGCCAUUGUUAGAACAAAGCCACUUUGUUUCAGCUUGGGAUUUGGUCUCAGUGCAUUAUUAUUACUAUUAUUUUUUGGCAGUCUCAGCGAGAGAGGCCAAGGACUGAAUAGUCGUGAAGACUUGAACUUGCCCCUUAAAUUCCUAGAGCCAAGGCUCAGAAGCAAGGCAAGUAGGAGGACAGUGAAAUGGAAAUUUCUGCUGUUGCUGUCCCUGCAUUUCAUGUUUAAUGGACAGAUUGAAGUCUUCGGUACCUUUCACCAGCACUGAAUUUACUAGAAGAAAUAAAUCGUAUCUCUCUGUAUAUUUAAUAUACACUACAUUCUAUAAGCCAACCCCUUCUAAUAUGAUUUUUUAUUGGAAGUUCUGACAUACUUGCGAGGGUGGCUUUCCUUAGUCACUCUAACUUUCUCAGUGUUAUUGGAAAGAUCAGACUUCAGAUGUAUAUAGUUAUCUAAACCAGAAUCUGAUGCCAUCGCACAAAUUACGCUCAGAAAUCUUUAUGUUGAAUGUAAGCUGAAGAUGCUGGACAUGCAUGGCCACCAUUCACAGUGGCCACCAUUUCUAUUUGUUUCAUGAUGGAAAAAACCAAAAGGUGGUUUUGCUUCUAAGUGUGUGUAAAUAUUGACUGAGUGUAACAGUGCAUUGUUUGAUUUUUUCACUGUGAAAUAUAUUUUGGAGUCAGAAAGGCUAUGUUAUUAAAAACAAAACGUAAUUAAAAGAAAAAAAAAGUG